UCAAAAUCGGCUGCAUUGUAGUGCGUAACAGCUCACAGCUGCACUGAUCUGAUGAACUUAAUCAUGCAUACGAAAGAGAAACAGAGUAAUAGUGUGUUUUGUGCAUGUUUUGUGUUGAUUACAGCUAGCGUGAAAACUUGUCUGACUCCCUGAGAGAAGUUUUGGCAGUCCGCAAGUUUUCCAGCAUGCCCUGAUGAUGUUGUAUGUUUUCAAAUGGGAGGGAGUCCGUUCUAAGAUUCGCAGUGGCUAUGAUUUAAGUAUCUUAAUAGACUCUUGAUAGAAGUUUGAAUUGAUAGAAGCCGGUUUGGCUGUAAAGUGACUUUUCAUGCAGGAGUGCAUGCUUUUUACAGUCGAUGCAAUACAGUAGCUUUCUGUUUUAUUUUCUGUCACGCAGAGAAGAAGCACGCAUGUUUGAUUCUUAUAGUUAGAGUACGGUUGAAAAUCGUGUGUGAUUCUCGGCCGCCUGGUUUCGAUUCAUAUGAAGAUUUGUAUAUGGGGUCUGGUGCAUGGUUGCAGAAGAAAACUGCCCGAGAUCAGAAGUGUAGGUGUGUCUACUGUCAGCAUGUUGGAAUCGGCCUGUCGGGACGGAUAUCUGACAGUCAGGUCGGAACCUCUAGAACCCAAGCACCUGCUUCCCAAGAGAGAGAAAACCUGCAGCGACCAGGAGACCAACUUGACCGUGGGCCAAUACGUGUUGUGUCGCUGGUCUGACGGCCUUUACUACCUGGGAAAGAUCCAGAGAGUGAGCACCUCAAAACAGAAUUGCUUUGUGACGUUUGAAGACAACUCCAAGUUUUGGGUACUUUGGAAAGACAUACAGCAUGCUGGUGUCCCUGGGGAAGAACCCAAAUGCUCAGUGUGUUCUGACAUGUCUUCGGUUCCUGGUAAUGAAAUUCUUAUCUGUGGGAAGUGUGGAAUAGGCUAUCACCAGCUCUGCCACUUGCCCCCAGUGGAGAGCUCAGCUGACCUUUCUCCAUGGUUCUGCAGAAAGUGCAUUUUUGCUUUAGCUGUGAGAAAAGGGGGAGCUCUGAAAAAAGGGCCGAUUUCUAAAGCACUGCAGGCCAUGAAGCAGGUGCUGCCCUAUAAUCCAGAGGAGCUGGAGUGGGACUCUUUGCAUCGUACGAACCAUCAGCAGUGCUACUGCUACUGCGGAGGACCUGGAGAGUGGUAUCUGAAAAUGCUGCAGUGCUUUCGCUGUGAGCAGUGGUUUCAUGAGGCGUGUACGCAGUGCCUACAGGAGUCCAUGAUGUUUGGAGAUAGGUUUUACGUGUUCAUUUGUGCGGUGUGCAAUAAAGGAGUGGAAUACAUCAAGCAGCUGGCGCUCCGAUGGGUGGAUGUUGUCCAUCUCGCCCUUUACAACCUUGGAGUCCAAAGUAAGAAGAAAUACUUUGAAUUGGAAGAGAUCCUGACCUUCAUCAGCAACAACUGGGACCAUUUCCAGAUGGGCAAGCUCUCCAAUACUCCUCUGUCUGAACGGGGCCAGUAUAUUCUUGAUGCCCUCAACAACUAUAAAAGCAAGUUUCUUUGUGGCAAGGAGAUCAAGAAGAGGAAAUGCAUUUUCCGACUAAGGACAAGGGUCCCUCCUAACCCCCCAUCUAAGUUGUUUCCAGAGAAGGCCCAGAACAGUGAGGGGCACAGGGGCCGCAAAAAAGGGGUCAGCAGAAGCAGUAACUCUGUUCCUACAGAAAAGCGGAGGAAGAAGAGGUCCAAGUGGCUGCUGGAGGAUGCUAUUCCUAAUAAUGACCUCACCUCUACCUGGAGCACCAAUCAUCACAUGGCCAACAUAUUCGACUUCACACUGGACGAGCUGCAGAGUUUGAAGAGCACCAGUUCAGGACAAACAUUCAGUAUGGACCAGGACUCCACCGAUGCAGCCAGUACUUCUGGUUCUGCCACCACCAGCGUCUCCUAUGACUUCAGGAAAAAUGUGGGCAGUCGGAAGAGGAAGUUGCCCUCCUCUAAUUACACUGCGCUGGCCACAAAAAGAGAGAUGGUGGAGCGUGAGCUGAGCCCCAUCAGCAUGCCUGGAGAGGAGAGUAACGUCAUGAUGGAGAACAGCAUCGACAGCCACACCUUUGAGAGCAUCAGCGAGGACGAUUCCUCACUGUCUCACCUCAAGUCUUCCAUCACCAGCUAUUUUGGGGCGGCCGGUCGACUCACCUGCGGUGAAAAGUAUCAGGUUCUGGCUCGUAGGAUCACACCUGAAGGCAAGGUGCAGUAUUUGGUGGAGUGGGAAGGAACUACACCUUACUGAAUAUCACAGAACAGAGGUGUGGAACAGAUGGGCUGCAAAGGAAGAUGCCCCCCUCCAAUAGUUUCUCUCUGUUUUGCUCUUCUGAAAGUCAUAGUUUCAGAGUUCUAGUUUUGUUUUUCUUGUUCUCCACAAACCACAUAUAGUGUUUUUUCUGAUCCUCUGGUCUUCUAUCAUGUGGGACAUUAAAGUCUUUUUUGUGAAGUCA